AUGACACACAACACAGAUCCACCCCAAGAGUGUCAAUCACAGCAAGAAGCCACAACCGCUAACCAGUCUCUCCAAAGGAUUAAUGAAGACGUACUCCAACAAAUCGCAACGGCAUUGCAGCAGAUAGCAGACACCCAAAGGUCAAUCUUGCACAGGCUUGAUGCCCACGAGACCAUGUCCACCGAUAGUAGAAUUUCCUUGCAGUCUUCAAGAUCUUAUCAGUCCUCAGCCUCCAUGAGAUCGUUAACAACAGCUACACGCCGCACAACUCUAGUCGCGCGCCCAACGGAGCAAAAGCCUGGAAGAACAAAAAGGACCCUUCCCAGGACUACGAAAGGUGAUAUUAUUACCAAGAUUGUCAAUCCUAACAAUGACAAGGAUGAAGAAGUGGUGGAAGGUCUUGUACGUACGAUAUCAUCAUUCGCCGAUGAUGCUAUCAGUGAUCACGCGCGGCGUUGCCAUGGACAUGAUAUUCCUGCUGCCACAUGGGCGCGCACUCCUCGACAACAUCGCAACACUACCAUCGAGUAUUUUCAGCAAACAGUACUUGAAAAAUUGAACAUUGAUAUGACUUGUGCAGAAAAGCGGAGAAAUCAGACGAGGCGGCAUGAAACAGAGCCUGUGGACUCGGCAAGUUCUUCAAGAUAUUCAGUGAGAAAUGAGUCUGGAGAAGAGGUACCCAACACACCAGCAAGGGGAAACAAUAAUCAACAACAUGGUGGGGUACUGUCAGAUAACCGUGGAGCCAAUAUGAUCGAGAGCAGCCUGCAAACAUCCAGCAAUCAUGUGGCGCAUUCGACGUACCAAAACCAAGAGCAAGCGAAUACGAGUACAAGCCAAAACAAUGCACCCGCCCCACACGGAUUGGAUGCCAUUAACAUUCGACGCUUAUUUUCAUCAUCACCGACGCUACUGGAAAUUUUGAACAACGCUGCAAUCGGGGCAACAACACUUGAGAGCGAUGCCAUUGUCUUUCAACAAAGCCAAGUACCACAGCAAAGCCAAGGACGAAAGCGACGUUCAAACGCUGAAAACCCAACAUCUACGCGGCGCAGCACACGACUACCAGUGAAAAGAAUACCUAUGUGA